AUGAACGCUUACGUUUUAAGUGUAAUUGAUGCCUUGCCCGCAUCUAAUCCGAGAUUGAAGGAAAUCCAACAAGCCCAAGAUGAAGACGAGGUAUGCAAAGAAGUGAAGAAAUACUGUAUGGAUCAAUGGCCAGAAAAAGAUCAUGUCACUCCUGCCGUAAAACCUUACUGGUCAGUACAAGGAGAACUCACCAUCGCCGACGGGUUAUUGCUCAAAGGAACAAGACUGGUCAUUCCAUCCAGCUUGCAACGCCAAACCCUCAACCAAAUACACGAAGGUCACCAAGGUAUCAGCAAAUGCAGAGAACGAGCCAAAAUAUCCGUUUGGUGGCCAGGACUCAGUGCCCAAAUUAAAGUCAUGGUCGAAAACUGUACAACAUGCAGCAAAUACAGACAGCAGCAUCCAGAACCAUUGAUGCCAACGCCACUCCCUCAAAGACCAUGGCAAUUGAUUGCAACAGACCUUUUUAUUCUAGAAAAGGUUACUUACUGUACCUACUGGUGGUAG